AUGCCAUUUAAAGCAUUUGAUACCUUCAAAGAAAAAAUUCUGAAACCUGGGAAGGAAGGCGUGAAGAAUGCCGUGGGAGAUUCGCUGGGGAUCUUACGAAGAAAAAUCGAUGGGACCAAUGAAGAAGAAGAUAACAUUGAGCUGGAUGAAGAAGGAAGGCCCGUGCAGACCUCCAGGCCACGUCUCCCAGUCUGUGACUGCAGUUGCUGUGGCAUCCCCAAGCGGUACAUCAUCGCCAUCAUGAGCGGGCUGGGAUUCUGCAUUUCCUUCGGGAUUCGGUGCAACCUUGGCGUGGCCAUCGUGGAAAUGGUCAACAACAGCACUGUGUAUGUGGAUGGGAAGCCAGAAAUUCAGACGGCGCAGUUUAACUGGGAUCCAGAGACGGUGGGCCUUAUCCACGGAUCUUUCUUCUGGGGUUAUAUCGUGACACAGAUUCCCGGUGGCUUCAUUUCAAACAAGUUUGCUGCUAACCGGGUCUUUGGAGCCGCCAUCUUCCUGACAUCAACUCUGAACAUAUUCAUCCCUUCUGCAGCCAGGGUACAUUACGGCUGUGUCAUGGGUGUGAGGAUUUUGCAGGGCCUGGUGGAGGGUGUGACCUACCCAGCCUGCCACGGGAUGUGGAGUAAGUGGGCGCCUCCCCUGGAGAGAAGCCGAUUGGCCACAACUUCCUUUUGUGGUUCCUACGCUGGGGCAGUGGUGGCCAUGCCCCUUGCGGGAGUAUUGGUGCAGUACAUUGGCUGGGCCUCUGUCUUUUACAUUUACGGUAUGUUCGGGAUUAUUUGGUACAUAUUUUGGCUGCUGCAGGCUUAUGAGUGCCCAGCAGCUCACCCGACGAUAUCCAACGCGGAAAAGACGUACAUAGAGACAAGUAUAGGCGAAGGCGCCCACUUGGCCAGUCCGAGUAAAUUCAACACACCAUGGAAGAGGUUCUUCACAUCCUUGCCUGUCUACGCGAUCAUUGUGGCCAACUUCUGCAGAAGCUGGACCUUCUAUUUGCUCUUAAUAAGUCAGCCUGCUUACUUUGAAGAGGUCUUUGGGUUUGCAAUCAGUAAGGUGGGUCUCUUGUCAGCUGUCCCACACAUGGUGAUGACCAUUGUGGUGCCUAUCGGGGGACAACUGGCGGAUUAUUUAAGAAGCAGGAAGAUUUUGACCACAACUGCUGUCAGGAAGAUCAUGAAUUGUGGAGGCUUCGGCAUGGAGGCGACCCUACUUCUGGUGGUUGGCUUUUCCCACACCAAAGGAGUGGCUAUCUCCUUCCUGGUGCUCGCUGUAGGAUUUAGUGGCUUUGCUAUUUCAGGUUUUAAUGUCAACCACCUGGACAUCGCUCCGCGCUAUGCCAGCAUUCUCAUGGGGAUCUCCAACGGAGUGGGAACCCUGUCUGGAAUGGUUUGUCCUCUCAUUGUCGGCGCCAUGACCAAGCACAAGACCCGGGAGGAAUGGCAGAAUGUGUUCCUCAUAGCAGCCCUGGUGCACUACAGCGGUGUCGUCUUCUACGGGAUCUUUGCUUCUGGGGAGAAACAGGACUGGGCUGACCCGGAGAGCCUCUCUGAGGAGAAAUGUGGAAUCAUUGACCAAGAUGAAUUAGCCGAGGAGACAGAACUCAACCAUGAGGCUAUUGUAAGUCCCAGAAAGAAGAUGUCGUACGGAGCCACCAUCCAGAAUUGCGAGGCCCAGAAGAGCGGGUGGAGACAACAGAGAGAAGCUGCCUUUGACGGGGAAGAGGCGUUAUCCUACCAGAAUGAGGAAGGGGACUUCUCAGAAACAUCCUAACGCCCAGCUUCUCCUCAGCUUACGGCCAGAAGUAUCCAUACCCAUUGCCUUUCCCAUACCUCGGCUUGCCAGGGGGCCAAACCAUGGGACACUGGAGGUAGUGGGAGAGGAGAUUAAGUCAACAGCGGAGAAAAGAGAAAUGCCUUCUCCCAGAGAUAGGAGAACGGCUCUUGUUCUCAGUCGAUAAAAUAGUUGAUCAUAUUUUUUUGUGAGGUGGGGUAGGGUGGGGGUUGGCUCUUGAGCUUUCUCUCAAAGAACUAGUUAUUCAGAAAGAAAUGGCUAGAAAAAUAAGGAGUAGCUUGUUGCUCAGACAGACUUUGAAAGGAAUCCCUCUUUGGCCUGGAGAAGAGUACACGGUGGUUGUCAGCGUGUCUCCUAAGAUAUUUGUGCACAGGAGAGCUUCCCCAACCUAAUGAAGGGACCCACUCACGGAGGCCCUCUGUUGUGCCAGGUGCUUUAUGAACAUACUUACUUAACCUCCACACCCUAUUACAUGUAGUUAUUGUACCCAUUUUACAGCUAGGGAUGCUAAAGGAAUAGGAUGACCCACCCAAGGUCGUCCUCUCAGGGCCAAGACUGAGACUGGCAGAUGAGUGGGAGUUUUAGAAGGGUUCAGCUCAGUGUAGGGACAUUUUCAAUGACAAAAACUGAGAAUGGAAUCAGCUGUUUUGUGGGCAAUUCCAAGUUUGGUCAAGGGUGUGUUUGUGUGUGUGUGUGUGUGUGUGUGUGUGUGUGUGUGUGUGUGUGUAAAUAUUUAGACUACGGGGGCAGAGGGGAUUCAAACUUAUGAAAUUCUAGACUCAAAACCAUUAAGGUCCUAUAUUACCUGAUGGAUCAAACAAUUUGGUGAAUCAAUAGCUUUUUUUCUUUAAAAGUCACAGACUGGUAAAAAUAAAUAAAUAAAUAGAAUAAAGCUAAGCAAGAUAGCUCAGUUUCCAGGAAUGGUUUAAAAGAAGUAUAUGGACCAGGUGGGAUCAUGCCUUUGAUCCCAGCACUCAGGAGGCAGAGCCAGGUGGAUCUCUGUGAGUCCGAGG